CGUGCAUCACUUCAAAGUCACAGAUUCAGCCACUGAAUCUUUAAAAAGAGUUCAAAAUGAAGAAAUUUUUUAAGAGCAAAUAUCAGAGCGACAGCAAGAGACCUUUAAUGGAGAGUGAGAAUAACAACAACAACUGCAACAUAGACGGAUACGAACGGGCCGCUGGCGGGCAUGACAACCCUGUGGCUCAGAACGCCCUCAACACCCAGGAGGAACAACGCCUGGAAAGUGAGGAACAAUUCUCACUUCAGGAACUAGCUGAACUUCUGGGUGUGGACCCUGAUGCCAGCAGCAACACUGAGAAUGGAUCUUGUUGCUCAAUGUGCCCUGAGUCCAAUUCACUGCAGUAUCACAUUGUUCGCCUCAUCCAACAAUCUGUGAACAAGCACUUCCCAGAGCCGCCGGCCGAUGUGGACAAGAACCUUCACCAGCACCUGACAGAUGUGAAGGAAACUGUGCACAAAGAGCUCGUGAAGCUGGGACCCCUGUUGGAAUCAGUGGGGUUGUCGGGACAUCUGAUUGGAUGCUACCAUCGUCAGACAUUUCGUCACCUUGAUGCUCUGCUCCAGAACAUCAGCUCCCCCCAGAGUUCCUUGGCGCUGAUAAAGUGGGCCUCCCGAACAUAUCUGAGUCAGGAUCUGCUCGGUCACCCCGACCUUCAGAAAAUGGAUCCCAUAAAAGAAGCUGACCUCUUGCUGCUCACGGAGUGUAUCGAAAAGGCAACGCACAAACUGCUUGAGAAUGUGCAGACAGAGGUCAGAGGUCAGCUGGAGAUCAUCCUGCAGAUUCAGAGAGGAAACGAAGCCGACGACGAACUUCAUCUGGACACUAUUAUGUGCAUCGAGGCUAUACCCAAAGAAGCACAAAAAAUCAGCUCCAAACUGUCUGACCGUGUGCAGGAGGUUUGUUUCCAAGUGCUGCUUAUGUUUCUGAAGAGCUACUCUGCUACGCAGACUGAGAGACUUGGGAAAAUGGCAAAAAUGGACAACCCAGAGAUGAAAUGCUUCUUCCAGACUUUGAACAACUGUAAAAAUCUCAAGCUGCACGUCCAAAAUAAAGGCACCCUUCUUGAGGAAGCUGUGGCAGUGCUUGAAAACCUGGAGGAUUCCGCAGUGAAACUUGUGAUGGAAAUCAUAGCUGACAUCACAGAGAGCCACCUGAAGAAAUACUUCAAAUCGGAGAACAAGGAAUUCUUCCUCUUGAUUGACAAAGUGAAGAAUCAUUUCUCCGAGUUUUCCAGCUUUCAGGACAUACAAAAGAGAGUGAUGGACGACGUCUACAAGCUCAUCACUCGCAGUUACCUGAAACAUUUAAUCCAAAGCAGCCAGAGCAAACUGAGGAGGUGCUGGAGUGCUGAUUUUGAACAAAAAGUUGCUGAGGAUAUGAGGUGGCUACAUAUAACCAUCUCAGACCUGGCUCCUGAUGUUCACGAGUGGAACCUCAUGUUGCUGAAAGUCACAGAGCUGGUGGAGUGUAAGAGCACUGACAUGAUGAAGCUCACAGUUGGAAGUAUGCAGAAUGAAUGUCUCACGUGGAGCGACGACCCGGAGCUCCUGCCCACAUUGCUCCGCUGGAACGGUCUUUCUGGAAGGCAGGUUAAUGAGGUGCUGAAGGUCCUGGAAGUCCUCCCAGGCUAUGAACCCAGACCCAGAUCUACAUCCUGGUACUCAUGUUUUACUUGCUUGUAAAGCUGAGCACCUCUAUGAUCAAGAUCAACUCCAACAAGCAAAGAAGACAGAGCUGACUGACCAAAUCAGUGUUAUUUGUUAUUUUUCAGAUAAGCUGAAAUAUGUUGGUUAUAGGUGUCACUUCUCAUAUCUAAUCUUAAAGAAGUAGAUAAACAGAAGCAGACAAGUUUAUGAGUUAUAACAAAAAAGGAAUUCGGUCUGUGUAUAAGAGGCUACUCAUCUAUGUAUGAGUUUGCCUAAUGCCACCGAUUUCCUCUCAAGUGUUGUCGUUAUUUUGAGGGAAGUUGAUAUUUAUUGUAUCUUGUUUCCCCAAAAAUUUUCAUUUUUAUACAAAAUGAAAAAAAUCAACACAUACAUGCUCAUCAUGUAUCGGUAUGUGAUGUGUUGUCGGUUUUGGUAACUCCAGCUUUAAAGCCAUAAAAAACUGCACUUUGUGUGCACUUUGGUUUAAUAGGCUGUCGAAGUUGUUUACGUUUUUAAAAACUUGGGGGGUUGUGGUUGAUGUGAAAACUGCAUGAUCUCAACCCCCUAGUCAUAUUUUGCUGGUUGGGCAAAAACCCCAGCAUUAUAUUGAGCAGCCUGCUGCGUUGUAUCCUGGCGCAGAAGGGAUCGGCAGUAUGAAGAGGUCGGCAGUAGGAAAACGUUGCAGAUGUCGUCAAAAUAACUCCUGGCUUUAGUGGCACAAAUGCCGCAGCCGAUGUUCUUGUGCUUGUUAGCCUUGAACACUGCUAUCCUGGGUCAAAGUCCUGUGUUUAUUGGACCCAUCUGCCUCCAGUCCCACUCACCCUAAGUGGACUUACGCGCUCUUUAAAUUACGUACGUUACUCUGAGUGUCUAAUAACGUGGAUAGGUUUACAAUUGAGUUUGUGAAAAGCCUGCUACGUCUCAUACAAGCAAUAAAGGGUGUCUCUCAUUACAGUGAUGCCGGGGACACUUUUUAAGUGAGACACAUCUGCAGGAUGUUUGCACGCCGUUAACGGUAAAAUUAAGCUUUGUGCGAAAGUCGGUACUGUAGGAGUUACGCCAGUUUCAGACUACACAAUAUAUUUGACCAUUCCUAUGUCCAAUUAGGCAAAUAUGGGGUCAUAAAAUCUUGCUGUGACUCGACCGACGCUGGGUGCAUUGGUUGUUGACGUUCUGAGACACAGUGUCCGGUUCUCUUCUUUCAAGAUACACCUCCAUUUUCACAGGAAAUGGAAGCAAAUAAAAAAGAAAAUUAUAAAUAAAAGGAAAAGGGAAAUAAAGGCCUGUCUGUAUCUCAUGUAGUCUGUUUCAAUAAAGCUGUUGCCCCCUGCAGCUGUGGUAAACGAAGGCCCAGAAUUUUAUGGUAUAUUUGUUUGCAAUCCGUCUCCACUAUGAAGAAUUAACGUUCUUUGCUAGCUUGAUGCUAAUCACUGGGUUGCCAAAGUGGCUCUGCUAUUGCACGCCAGUAUUCUUCCUUUGUUACGCUGUCCCUAGAGGAAAUAUCAAAAAGACUGUGGUUGCGUUGCUUUACAGCUGUCCAUGGCAGCAGAUUGCUCAGUGUUCCUAUUGGUCAAAGUGACGGCUGUUACACACAGAGUGGAUAUGCACUUCUACCACUCUGUUGUUCGUCUGUGGUGUAAUGACACUCAUAGUCGUUCACAGUCUGUCAACACCAUAGGACGGCCAUAUUGGGCUGUAAUCAGGCUGAUAACAUGUAGUCUGAACCCGGCAUACAUAUUUUAUUAAAAAGGAAGAUUUUUUUUUGUUGAGCUCUGAUAAUAGAAGAAAUAGGGGAAAACUUUUUUGUCUGUCAUUCAGUUACAAAAUGACUGACAGGUUUUUACAAUCUUCCAUUUGUUUUGUCUGUAGCAUCAAAGAGGUAGAAUUGCACUGAUUAGACGCUCUGUCUCCACAUAUUUAUGCUCAUAUUUAAAUAUUUGAUACUAUUUAUUAGGUUUAAAAUUGUUUAUUUAUAUGAAUAUGCAGAGCAUUUGCUUUAUUUGCACAAUAGUGAGGAGACAAAAUAUGUACCUAAGAUGCUUCCAGACUGUGACAAGAGAUUAGAACAAAUAAAAAACAAAUAUGUUUAACAGUCAAAGGAGUUGAUUUGUGGAAUAGUCUUGAAAAGAAAUUGAAAAUGCGUAAAACACUUAAAAGAAAUUAAAAAAUAUGAUGAUUGACAAAUAUAAAACUGAGCUAUGAACACCUGUGUGUGUAUAUGAAUAUUUGUUUGGGACUUUGGGGUAUAUAGAAUAUACAUAUGAUUUGUUUUGAUUUUACUUCCUAAUAUUCAUUAGCCUCCGAUCAACUGUACAAUACAAACUUGACUGUUUAGAUUCUUCUGUUUCCGUUACUUGAACACUUUUGAACUAUACUUGAACUACAGCUUGUUGUAUGGAACUUUGUAGCUACUUUAUGGGAUGUACUUGGUACUUUUGAAUGUAUUCAUCAUCGUAAAAUCAGGGUAUAAUUGUGGAUUUACUCAAAUUUUUACAUGAUUGACUUUUAUAUAUGAUGUAUUCCACUGAAGCUACAGAUGACACCGUUGGUCAAAGCUGUAUUUUCUGCCUAAAUGUAACUAUCUUAAUACUUUUGUAUUUUCCUAAAGUUAUAUACUGUAUUCUUCUGUGGUGGUUAGUUUUGUUUAGAAGCUUGUAGGUUUGGUAACUUUUUCUG